GAGAUGUAAUAUAAGAAAGAUGCCCUAAACAACCUUUGCCUCCACAAUACAGAGCCGUGAAGUCAGACAUAGAGAUAGAAAAAGAGACACAGACGUUUUUAUUUUCGCUGAACUCGCCGGAGAAAUUAGAAGCUACGGUGAUCUUCUCCGGGAAAAUCAUCUAUCUCUUACAAGCUCGAGAAAUGUCGUCGUUAGAGCAAGAACUGUUCUUACAAUGGGGAAACAAGAAGAGAAUGAGACGUCUUAGAGCUAACAACAAGGACAAACAUAUCCCAAAACGAGAAUCUAACUCUUCAUCUCCUCAAGAAACCUUCCUCUUUCAGUCCUCAAGGUUCUCCAGAGGAUCAGAAGGUCCAAUACUCAGAUCUGGACUACCUCCUGAGAAAGAGAAAGAGGAGAGGUAUUAUACUACGAGAGGUGUUGUUGAUAGCAUUGGGAACAAUGGAGAAGAUAGCAAUAGCAAGGGAGAGGAGAGUAUGUGGCCAAAGCUGUUUGUGACUCUGUCAAGCAAAGAGAAGGAAGAAGAUUUCAUGGCUAUGAAAGGUUGUAAACCUUCACAUAGGCCUAAGAAGAGAGCCAAACUCAUUCAAAAAAGCUUACUUUUGGUGAGUCCUGGAACAUGGUUGGCUGAUAUGUGUCCAGAUAGAUAUGAUGUUAGGGUCAAGAAGAGUUCUAAGAAGAGACGAGCAAGAGGAUUAAAAGCAAUGGGGAAUGUUGAGAGCGAUUCAGAUUGAGGAGGAGCUUGUGAACAUUGUUUAGUUUAUUACUAGAAAAUCUUUGCGUAUUGACUUGAGCUAACUUUUGCUUUGUGGUGUUCACUUAAAGCAAUCUUAUAAAAGUAGUUUCUCUCAGUUGAUCAUUUUGAACACUAAGGAAACAUCAUUUCUUAUGUGGGUAAUGUAUGUAGGCGCUUGUUGUUGUAGUUUGCAAACAAUCUUAUUCUAUUGUAACUUACUGUUUCAAAUAAUCGAUUUUGGUCCC